CACGCAAAAAACGGCCAACUCACUAGCUGGAACGUGGAGCCAUGGAGAUGGAUAAAAUAACUCUGAUUGUCGACAUAGCUUCAAGAAUAUCGUAUUCUGCAUUUUCAAAAAGUCUUUUUCGUUCAAAAUGGGCUUAUUCUUCUCUAAAAUUUCUUCCUUCAUGUUUCCAAAUAUCGAAUGUCGUACAUUGAUGCUCGGUUUAGAUGGAGCCGGGAAAACGACUAUUCUCUAUAAGCUGAAGCUUAAUGAGACAGUCAAUACAAUUCCAACCAUUGGAUUCAACGUGGAGACUGUUACCUUCCAAAAAAUCACUCUCACUGUUUGGGAUGUUGGAGGUCAGAAGAAAAUUCGUGCUCUCUGGAAAUACUACUUUCCAAAUACCACAACAUUAGUGUUUGUGGUGGACAGUUCGGAUAUUGAGCGGAUUCCCGAGGCAAAGGAGGAAUUGUUCAGUUUGCUGGCCGAGCCAGAGCUUGCGGAUUCUCAUUUGCUUGUCUUUGCAAACAAGCAGGAUAUGCCGAAUGCAAGAUCACCAGCCGAGCUGACUCAGCUGCUUGAUUUGGGUUCACUCAAGAAUAGAGAGUGGUUCAUCUGUGGUACAAACGCUCACUCUGGACAAGGUCUCUACGAAGGUCUGAUGUGGGUCAAGAAGCAGAUGAAGACAUAAGGAUUGCUAAAUGAUUUCAUUUCUUUUCAUAAGAAAUUGAAUAAAAUAUUGAAAAGUGUUAUU